AUGCCUCCCUCGGAUUCCGGCCCGCGCGUGGCGAAGUUCGCAAGCCCGUUUGAAAUUUAUCCCCGCUCCUGGAACUUUCUGCAGAUUUCUGGGGUGGCGCUAAACGUCGCGGGCCUUGUGGCCAUUGCAGAAGUUUCCGUUCUCGCCAAACGGACAACUCUUCUCGACAUACUCGUCCUUUGCCCUGGCAUCCAUCGACAACAGUCGGCAACUGAACUCCACAAUGGCGAGGCACCAGCAGUCGCCGCGCUGACAUCUGGACAUGUAUUCCGUGUUGAAAAUCCUGCCACGGUACUCUUCCUGCAGAAGAUGGGCGUUACCGGUCAUCUCACCUAUCUAAAAGUAACCCCAACCUUGGAAACAAAUACUAAACUCAGUCGGACAUUGACCCUUACAUCCUUUAGUUUCUCGAGCGUUCCAUACUUCCUUUACCCCAUUACGUCCCUAGCGGUGCUAGUAGUCCUAAUUAUUGCGCGGGACUGGUGGGGUCUCCGUCCUGCUCGCAUUAGUUUUCGCUCGCCUCUGCAAUGUGCUCGUCAUCCACCGACGAAGGCGAUCUGCUCAUUCUCCUUAGCCAAGAUCGCUGGAUUAGACUUCAGGGCGCGGUGGAAUGGCUUAAAGGCAGUGACGUCUGGUCAAUGGUUGCGCGACUGCUCUUUUCUCGAAGACUCGGCCACCGCGUUCGCGACAUUGCUUGUGUACACUGACGUCGCGCUCGUCAGUAAUGUCAGCAAAUCGGGACAGAUUUUAAUUCUAGCGCUUUUUGUCUUCUCAACUACACUACUAGCCUCGGCCAAUGCAAUGACGUCAGAACUCCACAUGCAUGGCAGGAGAAUCUCUGCGAUGGAGAAGUCAAUAAAGUAUGACAGAAGGUUGGACAUGGCCAAUGACCUUAUUCGCGAGACGAAGCGGGACGAUUGGGCGUUGCUGUCCGCCAGUCUGAAGACGCGUCAACAAGCACGGCGGACGACGCAGUUUGUCUAUGAUGAUGUUCACGAUAGUCCGAUAGCUAGGGGAGGUGGCUCUAUUAUCACGGGGAGCUCCAGGAGGGACGGGACCGUAGUCAGAUGCCAUUGGUAUGACCCUCCACGAUUCUUACAGAGCUUGGCCAUUAGCCUUUGCAAUUGGGUGUCUCCCGAGUGUUUCAUUGCGUUUAAUGGUUUGACGAGAUUAAGUCCCAGUUUCAAUCAAUUUUAUAGCUGCGAAUGAUUAGAAAAGUUUAACAUGGCUCUAAAAUGAACCUUG